UUGCAAGGUUUUCGAUUUUAAAUUCACCUUUUAAAAAUUAAAAGAAAAUAAAUACUAAUUACAAAUUUAUAUAUCGAGUGGUAUCUCCGUUAUAUCUACUCUGCUACAAGGUGACUUUGAAUAAAUUUCCAGGAAAUAUCAAGUAAUUAAAGAAUACUUCGUCAGAAGAACUUCUCUAGUUUGCAGUUAGUCAAAAACAGAAAAUGAGUGACGCAAACGUAACUGAGAACGUUGCAUCGACAUCAUCGAAAACUGCAGCCUCGGGUACAUCAGUUGGUGACGCCAAAAAGAAAUUUGAGCGCAUGGCAAAAUUACGAGAACUGCACAAUAAGCGAAAUGAAGCUCGGAAACUGAACCAUCAAGAGGUCCAAGAAGAAGAGAGACGAGCCAAGUUGCCAGCAAACUUUGAAGCUCGGAAACGACGUGCAGAAUGGAUUUUGAACGAGGAGAAAAUCCGAGCCAAAUGCGAAGAGGAUGGCGAAGAUUUCGACCGAGUUAAACUGCUUCACAUUCAGGCUGACGAGUUGGAUAGAAUGGAUCGACUCAAAUCCCGUAAGAAAAAUCCAGACCAAGGUUUUUCCACCUAUGAAGCAGCAACGGUGCGACAACACAACAGACUCGUGCAGAACAUGAAGGUUGACCUUCAAGCCUAUCAAGAGGAAAAGGAAACGGUGGGUGAAGAUGCAUUUUAUGCCGGAAGAGACACCUUGGUUCAUGGUCUGCAUAAGGAUAAACCAGAAAAUAUUGAUAAAAUGGUUCAAGAUUUGGAGAAACAGGUGGGAAAAAGGGACAAGUUCAGUCGGCGUAGAAUGUACAACGAUGAAGCAGACGUUGACUACAUUAAUGAGAGAAACAUGAAGUUCAACAAAAAGUUGGAGCGAUUUUACGGCCAAUAUACUUCAGAUAUUAAGCAAAACUUGGAGAGAGGAACAGCAAUUUAAAUAUUUCUAUGAUAAUCCACUUCCGCAUCGCAUAACGUUGUUAAUUUUUGAAGGACAGGUUUUACAUUUAUUUACAUGAUAAUUUAAUGUCACCAAUUAUUACGUACACAUAUAAUUAUGUAAUGAAAUAAACUCAAAAUUUUGUAAUA